UGGUAUGAUUCCAUAGGAGCCGUUUUCGAGGGGACUUUCAACUACCCACUAUAGCUUUAUUUUCCGCUGAAUCAAGAUUUAUAUAAUUCCUAUAAUUAAAAUAAGGUGCGUAUAAUAUAGCUUGGUUUAUGCUGUGGAAUCUUUGAUAUUGAAAUGCUGCAGAUGAUAUGUUAGAGGCAUGCAAUGUACAGUAUCGAAGAUUUAGUAGACACAUGUUGCACGCUAAUUGGGUAGGAGAUAUUGAGCUGGUAAGCACCUUGUCUGAACACUUGGACUCAAGUCAUAGGAUGAUCAUGAUGGAAUUAGGAAGGAGGGGAGAUGAAUGAUUUCAAUUUCAUAUUAUAUCCAAGGAGAUUAAAGUAAAUGAUUUUGAAGUGACUGAUUGAUGGGAAGGGUACACGCAUAUAUAAGGGAAGGCUAGGUGUAUUUUGUGUCACAAUUUGGGGACAACAUUUAGGAGAGAGUCAAGUGACAGGAUCAUAUUCAUAAGCAUGGUAGCAAUGAUGGGUUGGGGAGUUGUUCCUGAGCAAGGGUGGAGGAAAGGUCCUUGGACUCCUGAAGAGGAUAAGUUGCUUAGUGAAUAUGUCAAAUUGCAUGGAGAAGGAAGAUGGAGUUCUGUGGCUAGGUGCACAGGUUUGAAUAGGAGUGGCAAGAGCUGUAGGCUGAGGUGGGUGAAUUACCUCAGGCCUGGCCUUAAGAGAGGCCAAAUAACACCUCAAGAGGAAGGCAUCAUCAUUGAGCUGCAUGCUCUCUGGGGCAACAAGUGGUCAACUAUUGCUAGAUACUUGCCUGGGAGAACAGACAAUGAGAUAAAGAAUUAUUGGAGAACCCAUUUCAAGAAAAGAGAAAGAUCAUCUAAUCAGAAACAAGAAAAGCGAAAAGCUCAAAUUCUUGAUAAAAAAUUGCAGCUACAGCAACAACAAGAGCAGCAGCAGCAGCAGCAAAUGGGUGAUGAUCAAGAAAUGAAAGGGGUCAACAAUACAGUUGAUGGAAAAAUUCACGAGGCCCAAGAAAAGCAAGAGAUGGCUUUCAUGUACCCCACUAUGGAAGAUCAAUGCUUGCCUGUGAUGUAUCAAGAUGUUGCAUCUUGGGAAGAUUUUAUGGUGGAUGAUGGAAUACUCUGGGGUGGCUUGUGGAACCUAGAUGAUCAGAUUGAUCAUAUUAGUACCAAGCAAAAUCAAGCAACAGCUUAUUCUUUUGGAGGGGGUUCAACCAAUACCUAUACUUCUACUACUGCUGGAGGCUAUAUUUUCUAAGAAUGUUUAUGGGAAACAAAUAAUGUUGAUUGGUUUAAUAUUGUUAGUAGUUGUAACAUUAUUAAUUUGCGUCAGCAAAUAAUAAGAACGAUCAUGAAUCUUGUUACG